AUGUUUUAUCUUAUUAUCUGUUUAUUGUUGUUGGUCUUUAUUUAUUAUUUGCCACAUUUAUGUUCCCCUCUUCCUUCUUUAUCUAUCUAUCUAUCUAUCUAUCUAUCUAUCUAUCUAUCUAUCUAUCUAUCUAUCUCUAUCAUAGUUAUUCAUAUCUAUCUAUCUAUCUAUCUAUCUAUCUAUCUAUCUAUCUAUCUAUAUGUUCACAUCUAUGUAUUUAUCAUAACUGUUCAUAUCUAUCUAUCUAUCUAUCUAUCUAUCUAUCUAUCUAUCUAUCUCUAUCAUAGUUAUUCAUAUCUAUCUAUCUAUCUAUCUAUCUAUCAUAUCUGUCUAUCAUAUCUAUCAGCUGUCUCAUAUCAUAUUUAUUCAUCUAUCUAUCUAUCUAUCUCUAUCAUCUCAUUCAUAGUUAUUCAUAUCUAUCUAUCUAUCUAUCUAUCUAUCAUAUCUGUUCAUAUCUAUCAGCUGUUCAUAUCUAUCUAUCUAUCUAUCUAUCUAUCUAUAUGUUCACAUCUAUGUAUUUAUCAUAACUGUUCAUAUCUAUCUAUCUAUCUAUCUAUCUAUCUAUCUAUCUCUAUCAUAGUUAUUCAUAUCUAUCUAUCUAUCUAUCUAUCUAUCUAUCUAUCUAUCUAUCUAUCAUAUCUGUUCAUAUCUAUCAGCUGUUCAUAUCUAUCUAUCUAUCUAUCUAUCUAUCUAUCUAUCUAUCAUAGAUCAGUUCAUAUCUAUCUAUUGAUCUUCAUAUCUUUCUACCAUAGCUGUUCAUAUCUAUCUAUCUAUCUAUCUAUCUAUCUAUCUAUCUAUCUAUCUAUCUAUCUAUCUAUCUCUUUUAUGCUAUAA